UCAUUUUUUCAGUCUUUCCAAUUUUUGAACAAAUCGGCUUAUUCCAUAAAAAUUUUAAACCCAUCAGCUGAAAUUUUGCCAAUGAAAGGCAGAGAUGCUGCUAAAAAACCAGUGAAGAUAAAAUUGGAAACUGGAGAGAAAUAUUCUUGGUGUUCUUGUGGUUUUUCUAGUAAUCAGCCGUGGUGUGAUGGAAGUCAUAAGUUAAAGGGGAUAACUAUGUUGAGACCUGUAAAAUUUGAGGUUAAUAAAACUGCUGAAUAUUCAAUAUGUUUAUGUAAACAAACCGAUAAAAGACCCUUAUGUGAUGGAAAACACAGAGAAAUUUCACAGCGUCCGCGUUCGAAAGAUGCUUCUCGCUUCGUAUUGUUCUACGAUUCGCCCGUAUAUGAUGGAGUCGCUCGCAAACUCGGAUAUAAAACCAAAGGUGGUGGUUUUCAGUGA